ACGAAAGGAAAAUUCGUAGACUUUUCGCUGCCACAAACAUUUCCGUUGUGUCGCUGAAAUUAACGGCAGCAAGAUUGUGAAAAUAAAAAUUUAUAAAAAAUUGAACGAAUUUGAAUAGGAGAAUUUGCUAGUUAUUUAUAGAGGAGAAAAGUGCAUACUGUGGUAAUCGCAAAAGUGGUGGAAAGUUGGCCAAAAAGUACUUGAAAAGGUUGAGCCUCAAGGAGAGCAAUUAUUUUCAAGGACUUUCGCCGAAACACUGCACUCAAGCAUUGUGUGAGGUGCAGUUUUCAAAGUGAAAAUUGAAUAUGUAUUCGCUUGCAAUGUACACAAUUUGCAAAAUGUUCAGUAUACAUAUAUGAAAGCGAAGCAACAGAAAUGUAUCGGAAGUUUUAGUUACUUGCACAAUAAAGUGUUUUGCUUUUCGAGAACAUACUACUUAAGACUAAAAUUUUGUAGCAAUUCUCAAUUAAACAUUGUGUGUGUUCGUGUGUGAAGCUAAGAAAAGUACUCAAAAACGGCGACUCAAAGCGCUGCUAGCCAGCAGACGACAGCCCACCCACUACCCUGGGGGCUAAAGCACUGAAAGGCCAGCAUUCAAGAUGGAUGAAUGCGAGAACCUCGUCAUAAAUCUAGAAGACGCAGUCGAGACAUACGAGGACCUCGCCGACAACGACGACAUACUACAACAACAGCAACAAAUAAUCAAUGAUAACGACGCUGAAGUCAUUCAAUUGACGCAGGCAUUAACCGAAGGCGAUAUAAUGGGACAGGCCGAGAGUAAAAAGCAUUCAAAGAAACAUGGCGGCAACACCACCGGCACUAUGGGCGCUGGAGUGGGCAUUAUUGAGACCAAAGGUACAGCAAUGUCCUUCGGCUUUCGCAAGAAACUCAAUACAACGCCGAAAAAGUUCAAGAAGUUGCUUGAAGCCGGGGUUGGCGGUGUAACUGGCGGUGACGCAAAAAGGAAACAAGACAAGUGCAACAAUAUAACAACAACGGCACGCGAUGGCAAUACCACUUCGGGUGAGGAUAAUGAAAAAACGGGAGCAGUGAUAAAUGACACAGGCAAUGGGGAGACGUUGCAGGACGAGCAACAGCAGGACGACAAUGGCAAUGCAGAUACAGAGCUCCUGGCGAAAGUAUAUUUUGAGAAAAUGGGUGCGGCAGCCGCAACUACACAACGAUCUAAUCAAAGCACCGCGAACGCAGGUGCCGCCGGCCAGCCAGCGAAUCUGCCUGGUGUAGCGUCGCGUUUCGGUUAUCGCGGCUCAAAUAUUGCGCGUCCGGCAUCAGCUGGUCUAGCGCAGCGCUAUCAAAUGGACAUGCAGGAAAAUGCGGAAAACAACAAUAAUUGUGGCAUUAAUGGUAACAUCAAUCGAAUUGGUGGCGUGGGCGUGAAUGGACAACAAAAACCGCUUGUGAGCAAUUUGAAACGCCGCUCGAAGAGUGCACAUGCUGGCCGGGCAUUGACUUCAGGUGAUGAGACUAGUGAGUCGGGCAGCGCCACCGAUGUGGCUGGCCGCCCAAAAAUAUCACAACCCAAAUCGAUAACGUUCAAUUUGAGUCAGAACAGCACAAUCGAAUAUCAGCGGCGACAGUUCUUCGAACAGCCCAGCACAUAUGGCAGCUAUGGUAGUGGACGUGGCGGAACCAACAGUUGGACUCAUCAGCCAACGUACCAGCCGCAACAGCAUCAGUCGCGAAACGUCAUCACUACGGGCAUGCACACAAAUGUUAUCGUUCGCCCCACACCGCGUGCACCGCCAGCCAGUUUUUCAAAGUUUACACUCCAAACAGUCAGUUUGCCGAAACCAGAGUUUCCAGUGGCCAUAAGUGUAGGUGCCACGACACCAACUACACCAGGUAGCGUUUACACACCAUCGCCCACGAUGACUAGCACUUUGACGGGAGCACGCGCCAAAGAAGUCCAAUCGCAACACCCUUUAACUAUAGUGGCAUCCGCCAGUGUAGCGCAUACACCCGGCGGGCAUCCGAUGGACCUGAAGACCGCUAAGCAAAUGGCUAACAAUACGCGCCGCGGCUUCACUGGUAGUCGUGAGAUCUCUGCGGAUUCAGGUAUUGCCAGCAUGGAUAUGGCAUUGGAUAGUUCUGUUUCGAGCGGCGCUGGCCAUAUUAAAGGUCGUACAGCUUCGCCCAAACGUAGCCGCAGUCGUCCGCGAAACUUGCAAAUGGUCAUGAAUGGACGUCACAAAUUCGAAGUGCGCGAUCUGGAUGAUCCGUUGUCCAGCGAGUCUAGUUCGAUUGUAGAGCCGCUCGCUUUGCCGAAACUACCCAAUGAGAAUCAAACCGUGCCACUACCACUCUGUGGUCUUGUGCGCUCCAAUACUGUACUGAGUCGCGAAAGCUAUGAGCGAAAUGGUGGAAUUGGCGGCACGAGGAGUGCAACUAACGGCAAUCAGGAAACAAAGCAGGUCGAUGUGGGACAACCCCGUCCCACUACGGCGCCAGCCCAGUGUAGCAUAACGCGAAACUCCUCAGAGGAAAGUGAAGGCGUAGAUGAAGAAAAACUAUACUUGGAUCGCUCAACAUCAGAAAAGGGCAAUAGGUUUAAGGACAUUAAUACCUGUUCAAGCAAAACAUCCUCACCAGGCAGCUCCAUAAUGCUAUCCUGGUGCAAUGCCGGCGAAGCGCUUGCCGUGAAAGAUUGCAGCAGCCUCAGUAUUAGCAGCGAAGAUAGCAAUAAAUUACAAGAAGAAGUCCACAAAGAUAAAGAUAAGGACACGGAUACUGAAAAAAAUGAGAAGCAGAAAGCUAUGCAUAUGUCAGUCGAUCUAAACGACGAUGAUAUAAGCGGUAUAGUAACUGAAAUGCAAGCCAGUACACUAUUUUCGUUUCCCGAACCUGUGUCAACGACGAACAACCUAACUGGUACAACAACACGCGCUGUACUACGAAGUAAUGCAGAAAACACAACUAUUGCCGAAAAUCAAGAUAUGGAUAAACCUGAUCGUCCUAAAACAUUUUACAAUACCCUUAAUGAGACGAAGUUUGCCGAAAUGGCUUUAGCUGGCAGCACUUAUCUUUUAGAUGAUGAGACCUCGCCCACCGACAGUUUGGUGAGCAGCACAGAAUCUGAGGAGGCGGCAACCAAGCAGAAGAAGCACAAAAUAAACGAAGAAUUGCAAGAGAAGGACAUCGAUGAGAUUUCACCUGAACUGGAGAUGGGUAGUCCCAUCUCACCGGGCACUCCAACGCACGCUUCACAUUCGUUAUCACUCUCCGAUUGCGGCAACUUGAUUGACGAUGAGAUCGCCGAUCAACCGGCAUUGCUGUUUAACAGCGAGGCGCACGACCUAGUCGAUAGUUUAACUUCGCACAAAGAUAAGACGGAUACACCAACACUCAUGGAAAAUACCGGUUCAAUGCGUUCGCUGAAAAGUCAAUCCAAGGCACGCAGUGCUCUCCAACAAGCGAUCGAGUUGAGCUUACGCACGCCACUGUCGCUGCGAAAGGCAGUAAUGGAGCGCGCCGAUUCGCUCGAUACGCUCUCGCCAUGUGAAUCCAUUUGUUCCGAUGAUCUUAUGAUGGAUUUUGAUAUACAUAGCAGCGUGGACUCAAUCGAUCGAUCUAGUUCUGUAAAGAGUCGCAGUGGUUCGGAUCUACAUAAAAUAGGAGAUACUGAAUUAUUCUCGGAGCUGGAGCGUAAAGGCAGCGAUGUGAUGAAAGAGCUGAAUACUAUUCUACGUAUGCAUACCAAUAGAAGCUCCGAAAAGGAAAAAAUCAAACUUUAA